AUGGCAAUAGUGACGUGCUUGAAAAUUCUGUAUCACACCAUCAAACAAUGCCUUCUUCAGAUCGGACAACAUUAUUAUUCACUCAUCUCAGGAACUCCUAGCAUGAGCUUCGACUCAAUGAACUCUCUACCAGGAAACAACAUGACUGAUAUGGUAGUGGAAAGUGCUGCUGAACGUUCUGUGGACAAAGCUCGUCGAAAUGUCCAUGAAGUAGAAGCUCGGAAUAGGGAAAUUCACAGGCUGCUAAUACAGGAAGCCUACACUGCUGCUGUUCUUCGUGAACAGCUCGAGCAGAAGGAACGAUGCCUCAAUGCUCUUAAAUAUCUUUUGACGUGCACCAUUUGCCACGACUCUGUCAAACAGCCUACCAUGUGA